AUGAUUCUCCCCUCUCCGUUCACCUGGAUCGAUCUCGCCGUGUCUAUCGCAGGAUGGGUCGUUUUCGUUGUUGACCACGCUGACAACUCCUGGGCGCCUACUCCAUACAGUCAAGCGAGCAUGCUGCUGAUAGCCACGAUAUAUGUCUAUCCCAUUGUGUCGUUAUUUUCUGGUCUGAGCGGGAGAAACACCCCGGAGAGGAACGAGGGGGGCUUUGACGGCGGUCACUAUUUGCAUUCGCUUGUUGGAAAUUCGUUGGCGUUUUGUUGGCGUCCUUAUUGA